GUUAAGCGAGACAAGUGAUUAAAAAAUGGCAUCCGCGACGACGUCGCACAAUGAGGUUUCGCAGCAAUUUUCUGUCAACAAACUUAUUCGCGUUGGUUAUUACGAAUUGGAGAAAACAAUCGGCAAGGGAAAUUUUGCCGUUGUUAAAAUGGCAACCCAUGUAGUAACUAAAUCAAAGGUGGCUAUAAAAAUAAUAGAUAAAACAAAAUUGAACGAAGAGAACUUGGCAAAAAUAUUUCGUGAAGUACACAUAAUGAAAAGAUUGAGGCAUCCGCACAUUAUCAGAUUAUAUCAAGUUAUGGAAACGGAGAAGAUGAUAUAUCUAGUAACAGAAUAUGCACCGGGGGGAGAAAUAUUUGAUCAUCUUGUAAGAAAUGGAAGAAUGCCAGAACCAGAAGCCAGGAGAAUAUUUCGUCAAAUUGUUCUUGCUGUCCAUUAUCUACACCAACAAAGAGUAGUUCAUCGAGAUCUUAAGGCUGAGAAUUUAUUACUUGAUGCAGACAAUAAUAUAAAACUUGCUGAUUUUGGAUUUAGUAAUGAAUACACACCAGGUGUACCUUUGAAUACUUGGUGCGGGUCACCCCCAUAUGCAGCUCCAGAAAUUUUUGAAGGGAAACAUUAUGAUGGGCCACGAGCUGACGUAUGGAGUCUUGGUGUUGUACUUUAUGUAUUAGUUUGUGGCGCAUUACCAUUUGAUGGUCCUACAAUGCAGUUAUUACGCUCUGUUGUGAUCUCAGGAAAAUUCAGAAUCCCCUUUUUUAUGUCUGCAGAAUGCGAAAAAUUAAUUAGGCAUAUGUUGGUAGUAGAACCAGAAAGACGUUUGAGUAUUUCACAAAUUUUAAUUCAUUCUUGGAUGGGUGGUGAUGGUCAAACAGAACCAGAACCUGGAGGGUGCAGUCCUGAAACAACAACUAUUCCACCACAAUUGAAUCAAUUAGUUAUAGAAAAUAUGCUUAGAUUACCUGGGCUUAGUGCUGACACAUUGUUAAAAGCAAUUCAAGGAAAUGCGUUCGAUCAUGUGUCAGCUAUAUAUAAUUUACUAGUCGACCGAUUGGAACCCACGAUGUCUGCUUUACCUACUAUACAAAAUAUUCCAGGCGAUUAUAUGCCCGAUGGUGCACAUCAAUUAGAAAAGUUCGGAGAAGCAGAAGCAGAAAGUGAGGAGAGAAGCAGUCUUCAAUUAUCACCUGAUACACCUUAUCACGCAACUCGAAGGCAUACAGUAGGACCUGGUGACACGACGCAUCAACCUGCUACGUCAUAUCCUUAUGCCUAUAAUUAUACUCCAGGAUAUCCUACAUUGCGACCCCUUCCUAUCUUGCAAUUCAAUAACGAUCCACAAGUGCUGCCACAUACAAAUUUACCAUUAAAUCUUCCAUUAGUCCAACAUCAACCACCUCAGAAUUUCCAAAUCAAGGAUCAACAUUUAUUAAAACCACCACCUGUCAUGGGUGCUACAGGAAGUUUUGGACGAAGAGCCUCUGAUGGAGGAGCCAAUCUUCAUGUUUUUUAUCAACAACACGGUAGCGGUUCUAGUGGCGGAGAGAAUGGUGGAUGGAGUCAACCUGGUAGUCGUGAACACUUGCAGCCUUUACAACCUGGUAGUCCUUCAUUGGUACAAUGCACACAAUCGUCAACAGUUACUAGCGGUGUUAGUGGAAAUGCAGAUGGAAAUGGUAGCAGUAGUGCAAGUGGAAAUAGUGCCAGUGAUAGAAGACGACGAAGUGGACUAACCGCAGUCAUGCAAAGACCUGUUAUAAAUCCGGAACUGGUAAUGGAGGUGGAAGCUAGGAUGAACAGAGCUUACCUGCCGUCACGACUAUUACCAAGUCAUCUUAGAGGCCCGACACUUCCACAUCACAGGAAAACUUCGUUGUAUCACGCUAGUGCUGGAAGUAGAGAUUCCUAUAAAGAACCAAGUAGUCAUGUUGCAACGGAAAGAUACUCGCCAGUUCGUCGUGCAUCGGAAGGAUCAGGUCCACCAGGUCCUGGGAUACAAGCACUUCAACAAGAGUAUCAACAGUUGCAGAGGUUAGCAUCUCCUUCGCAUAGUCCCGCCAGUAUACCAGGGUCUCCUGUGCACGAAAGAGGUGUAGCAGCCAUAACGCAAGGUUUAAGCGGUUUGACAACUGCACCCGUACAAGGUAGUAUAGUGCACGGUACUCCUGCGCAAUCACCAGCCACGCCAUUAGAUCUAAGUCCCUUAAGACAUCAUAGAUCACCGGCUACAACACCUGUCAGUUAUUCGCCUAGCAAUAGUCCUGCUUUGGAUAUGAUUCAAGAAGAGCAUCCUGUAGAAAUACCAAGAGUACCGCCACAAAUUUCAGUGACAGACGUUCUUGGAGGGCAAGUGACGUUAAUCAAUUGUUCACCGUCUCCGUCUCCAUCGCCAGAUUCGCUCGAGGACGCAUUGCCCCAUUAUACCACUUUACCGAGUUUUAUUAUUUCAGAACCAUGCGAUCCUUCGAGACCUAGUAUAACGCGUGGUAUUGGUAGGCCACUAAAUACAGCAAUACCCACCGAAGUGGAGGUCACUCUAUCGGAUGAAUCAAGUAGAUUAAAUUCUGAAACUAUAUUGGGUCGUGUUAAAGAGAUCAUUGAUGCGAGAGCUCCGCCAAAAGGUUUUAUCUUUUCGAGAGAAGAGGUCGAAGGUGGAGGAUUAAGUUUAGAAUAUCCCGGUGGUGUACAAAUUGAACUUAGAGUGUGCGAAUCGGAGGAAAGAGAAGUUAAGGGGAUUAAAAUGCGGAGAAUUAGCGGGGACCAAUUGCAGUACAGUCAGCUUUGUGAGCAGUUAAUUUCCUGCAUCACUGUUUGACGACAACCAGCCCAUAUCGUGUUGACGCUUUUUUUUAUGUAUUAUAAUACAUUCCUGGUGCCAGAUACACCACUCCAUACAGUAUUGCGCGUGCAUGCUGCAUAUAAGCCAACGAUAUUCGACAACUAUCGUUGCAGCUUAUAUUAUAACAUUUGUACGUCUAACGCUUAUUAUAUUUUUUUGUUUUUUUUUCAUCGUUUCUUCUUUGACGUGGAACUUUGUGGUUACGUCUAAUAUCAUUAAUUUGUACAUAGUAUGGAAUUUUAGAAUGAUGCGUCGAAGGUCAAACUUAUUUUAAAGGAUCAUACCGUUAUAUCAUACGUAUAUAUGUACACACCGUUCGAAACCAUUUCUUUUUUUUUUUUUUUUUUUUUUUGUAUAUCACGUUAUUUCUAGAAAAUCUGAGUAUUAGGCGAGUUUAUAAGAUAUAAAGGAGUAUCAAUGAAAGUCUAAUCGUUGAUAUGUAUGUACAUCACACCAUUCCUUUUUGUAGAAUGUAUCAAUCAAUGUUGAAAAUGUAUAGGUAGUUAAUGUAUAAUUUACUGCGCCAAUUUUGUAAAAAGUAGUGAUCCCUUUUUUUAGUUGAAACAUAAAAGAAUAAGAAAAAAAAAAAAAAGAAAGGAAAAGAAAACAAAUGAAAAACAAGAGUAAAAAAGAGCCAAGCCAUUUGAUAGCUAAGAAAAAGGAAGAAAAAAAGAAAAUUAGAAAUGUCAACAUAUUAUGCUGUUAGUUUUAAUACUCUUUUCGAUUAUUCUCAUAUCAAUGAAAAUUUGUAUAACGAAGCUCUUCCUUAUGCGUCGCUCAUUGGAACGAAUAACUAACUACUUCUUUUAAUAUCAAUGAUUGAUAUUAACUUCAAGUUACAGAGAUAUCGUUGAAAAAAAAAAAGAAAAAAAAGUAUUGGUCCUUCGACGUAUUGUACCUUUCGGGGAGACAUACAUUGUUCUGUCAUUUACACGUAAACUACAUAUAUAGUCUCGUAGGCAAGUGCAAUUAUUGUAAAUUUUGUUUAAAUCCGUGCAAACGUAUCUUUUUACGGUUUGAGAUCCAUACAGACUGAGUUAUGAGUGUUUUUCUCUUUUUUUCUUUUUUUUUUCUUUGUUCUUUUUUUAGGAUAUACAAAAAAAGAAGUCACGCUAUGCAAUAUGAUGGAGGAUUAGAUUGCAACGAUUUAUAUGAGAAAUUGAUUAAGCGCUCAUUAAGGACAUGUUUGUAUUUUUACCGAGAAUGCGUAUUCUCUUCCUUCAUUUCAGCGUUUAUAUGUAAAUCUUUUAUGUAUCCAGGAAAGAGGGAGAAGAAGGAAGAGGAGAAUGGGUGAAAAUAGAAAGUUUGAGGGAUAACAUACUCUUAGUUACAUGUUAGCGUAUAUAAAUGCAAAAAAAGGCUGUACAUUGUCACACACUAGAGAAUACCGAAAGAAUAGAAUUAUUUAAAUUAUUUAAGUCCAAAGAUCGAUUUCCCGUGAUAUACAGGCAUUAGUCGUUGGAAGAAACGAAGAAACGAUAGCGACAAGUGGGAAAAGAAGAACGCACAGACUUGGAAGAAAGAAAAAUGCAAAAAAAAAAAAAAGAAAAAAAAAAAAAAAAAAAAAAAAAAAAAAAGAAAAAGGAAAUAUAUAACGGAGAAGAUAUAGUUUUUUUUUUAUUAAUCAUGGAUAUAUACAUACAUAGAAAAAUUUGUUGCAUCAAUGCUCGGAGAAUAUUCGAUGAUACGAUUUUAAAAACACUUUAACAAUUGGCUCAUCAUCCUAAUCGGUCUAAAGCGUAUUAGAAGAGAUGCUUAUUUGCUUGACUAGUUGCGAUAUGUACGUAAAGAAUUAUUUUCUUCUUUUCUUUUUUUUUUUACAACUAGUUUAGUUUUUAUAUUUGGAAGCAUGGUGAGGCAUUUCUCUUUUGAAUACACAUGAUUAUUUAUUCGAUUCGAUACAUCUUUUCUGAUAAAAACGGAGCAGAUAUUUAAGUUUUUACAGACAAGUAAUCUGCAGGUUGACGUAAUUUGAUGAUUGUAAUAAAAAGGAACGAACAGUUUCGUGAGAAAAAAGAACAGACGGAAAGAAUACCUAUUGAGAAAAGUAGAUAUGGUUUUGUCAUUGCAAAAGAUUUAACAUUAAAAAAAUGAACAAAUU